AUGGAUUCAGAUUCCACGCGCGAUACGCAACAGCCCCCGGAAAUGGAAUCCAGGAUGCCGCAAGCAGAGGAACAAGGGCGGGACGGUACCCGGACUACGGGAUCUAGUAUUGCGGAUACGUACUCGACGACUGCGAGUUCCCUCGCUGACCUGGGGAAUCAUAUUAGCACCAUGGCGGGGACGACCAUGACGGAGAUCAGAAAUAAAGCCGGUUCGGUGUCGACUGGGGAUGUUGUGCGGGAGGUCCGGGAGACGGCGUACUCGAUAACGAUGGGGAGUAAACAGGCGGAGGAGACUACGGGUACGGGCGUUGAAGAGUGCGAUCCGCAAGAAGCUCGCAUGAUUGAUGAGCUGCCCAAGGAGCGAAUCGCCGAGUUUCUGCAGGAGAAGCACAAGAGCGAUGCGGUGCGGCCUUCGAAGCAGCAAUGA